AUGAGUUCACCAGCACAAGCAGGGCCAUCGGCCUCGAAAGACAAGGAAAAGGAGAAGAAGGGGUUUGGGAAGGUCUUUUCGAGGAUGAAGACUGUGAUCAAAAGGGCCACUGAUUCAUCCCGUCGAAUGUCCACCGGCCCCAAGGUCGGCCUAGUGAGCAUUCCUCCUGUGGCUCCCGUAAGCCAACCUGUCACAACUACACCAGCUCCUGCCGCCAUUGAGGCCACGAAGGUCCCAAGGUCGCAAAUUUUCGCUGAGCGAGCGAAGAAGCUCGGUGAACUGUACGGCCUAGAGAUUCAGCCCAGCGAAUGGCACAAGACCGAGGGCCACGCGCUCCGCGUGGAGAAGCCCAUCAGGAUGCGUGUGCACAGGAAGUGCCACCUUUGCAGCGCCUCGUUCGGGGUCGGAAGAGAAUGCCCGCAAUGCAGGCAUUUGCGCUGCAAGCUGUGCCCGCGUCUGCCGCCCAAGCGUACCGAGGCGGAACGGGAAGAGAGCCGCAAGAAACGGGCCGCUAUGAUCAAGGAACGGGCCGAGAAUGCGCCCAUCAUCCCCGACUGGGACCCCACGCCGAAGAAGGUCGUCCUCAAACGACCGGCCAAAACAGGCGGCCAAGAUCGGUACUACAGAAAGCCUCGUCAACGUAUUAGGAGGACAUGCUGCGAGUGUGAGAAGAUUUUCGUCGGGACGACCAAGACCUGCGAAAGCUGUCAACAUAUCCGUUGCACGGAUUGCCCUCGGGACCCGCCGAAGAAGGACAAAUACCCAUACGGUUAUCCUGGUGAUGCCCCAAGCGCUAGAAUUGGGCACUAUCAGUGCGCAAGCUGCACGCACAUCUUCUCUAUUCCCCCGAUAAACGACCCCCCUUGCGCAAAAUGCUCGCACGACAAAUGCGAGAGGUUAACACCUAAGAAGGUGGAACCAGAACCGGAUCCCAACGUCCUAAAGAGCGUGCAGGAAAAACUCGAUAGCUUGAAGCUGAAGUGA